AUGUCAUAUUUGAACAACAACAACGCUAUCGUUCAAGAUAAUGAUGAGAACAUGCUAAUUGAUAAUGAAUCGUCUACAAAAUUACUUAAUGAACAAAAAAAUUUAAUUUAUAAACAUCCAUUAUUUCCAUUCUUAGUCUAUAUAUUGGAAAAAUGUGAAGAAGCCACCUUGAAUCCGUUAUUAAUUGACAAAGAACAAAAACCAACAAAUACGUUUGAAUAUGAUAUCAAAACAUUUUUACAAAAAAAUUUUAUUGAUCAAGAAAUAAUAAAAACAUGUGAAAAUGAUAAUUUAACUCAAUCCGUUGACGAUUUCUUUAUUCAUGCUAUACAAGUACUACGCAUACAUUUAUUAGAAUUAGAAAAAGUGAAUGAAUUGUGUAAAGAUUUUUGUCAACGAUACAUUGCUUGUUUGAAAUUAAAAUUAAACUUUAAAACUAGUAUCGAUGAAAAUAAUUACAGUUCGGAUAAUUGCACUACGGAAAACGAAAGUGAUGGUGAGGAACAAACAACUGAUGAAGAAGAAGGAAGUAGUCAGCGCUUGACGAUACGAAAAAGGUUCAAAAGAAAUGAUAGUGAGACAUAUUCUUCAAACGAUGAUGAGGAUGAUGAUGAUAAUGAUGAUGAAUCACUAAAUCAUUGCAAAGAAAACUUUACACGUUCAACGAAUGCUUCAAGUCACCAUUACCAAAAGAAUUCAUUGUCAUCAUGCGCAGAUACUCGAACAAGAGAGAAUGCUUAUGACAAUAGUAUAUUACAAUCGACAGCAAUAACAUUAUUUGACGGUCAGACACCAUUGUCACAAAUUAUUGGGUGUAACACAACUCAUACUCCAUCUGACGAACAACCAGUUUCUUUUUAUCAGUCUCAUACUUAUCAGCCAUCAAAAUCAUUCUACACGAAUAAUAAAGAUAAUAAUACUAUCUCAACAUCAAAUAAAAAACGUAAACGAAAAGAAUUUUCUCUUACAUCAACAACAACUUCCUUACCAUCAUCCACAAAGCGAGGAGUUUUACCCAAAUCUGCCACAAAUAUAAUGCGUUCAUGGUUAUUUCAACAUAUUGUUCAUCCAUAUCCGACUGAAGAUGAAAAACGUCACAUUUCAUCAAAAACAAAUUUAUCGCUAUUGCAAGUCAACAACUGGUUUAUUAACGCUCGAAGACGAAUUCUACAGCCAAUGUUAGAGGCCAGUAAUCCCGAUUUAGCAUUGGCAAAGAAAAAAAAACAUCAUCAUCAUCAUCAACAAUUAGAAACAAAUGAAGAAGUCAAUGAAAAUAAUACUGUUAACAAUACCAAUAAUAAAUCAUAUCCAAAUAAUCGCUAUUGGCCAUCAAAUUUGGCAUUGGUCAACACCCCAGAUAAGCAUAAAAAGAAAAUAUGA